UGUUGCGUGAGCAUAAACAUAGUUUUUAUUUGUUGGUUUCGUUAGUAGUUUGGUGCACCUGCUGUCAAAGUUUUGUCCACCGUGUCUGUACCGUUCGUAGCGCGUACAGCGUUGGCAAUUUGUUACCUGUUAGCGCCAGCGGGAUCUCAUAAAUAGCUACACCAAACCCAGCUAUCGCUCUGUCCUAAGCUACCUGAAUGUGAAACACGGGGAUCAAUCGCAAUGCCGUCGUUAAGUUGGCGACUCACAACAACAGUGAUCUUUAUCGGUAAACUGCAAUAGUUUCUGCUUGCGGGCUGUUUUGAUGUAAUUUUGCGUUCAAAACACCAGCAGCACCCAGCACCCGGGAUAGAAAAGUUGCGACAGCUAUGUUUAUUAGUUCAGUGAUCAUUUCCCUCGUUUAAUGCGUGGCAGUGCGUUUUUAUGCUUUGUAAAGAAUAGUGCAUACAUGUUUUGCUUCCACUGUGGGCGGUGAGAUACGUGUGCAGGCAAGCUCAUCAUUUUCUAUGUGCAAUACAGUGUAAUAAAAACAUUCGAGACCGAGCCAUCUGCGUGCGGAUCAGCAAUAGACGUCCACGACGGUCGAGAGCAACACAUUAAUCGCUCAUUUAGCAGCGACAGUGCCGGCAUUAGUCGCAAAAUUAUCGUCCAAAGGUACCACCAACAGCAAAGAAAGUGCAACAAGAGGUACCGCAACGCAACAGAACGUGUUCGAAGAUGAACUUUUCACAGUUCACGAAUCCAUUCGCUGGACCGAAUCAGUUUACCGCAGGAAAGUUUCCCCAGAACCUUACCACGACCGCAUCGAAUGGGCAGGUUCUGGGAUUGGUGUCCGGAAGUGAGGGAGCGAUGCAGUUCCUAAGACCCGUGGAUGGAACGGCGGUUAGUGCGGCUUCGGCAAUGUUCCAUCAGCAACAGUCGCAGCAUGGACAGGUCGUUACAACGGCCGGUAUGCCGCACCCAGCAAUGGCAUCUCCCGCCUACAUCACACUCCCGAUCACGAUGCCAGGUGCGAAACCGGGCGACGCACAGCAAACCGUCCAGAUACAGGUGUUAAACCCAAACCCGCUACCGUCGCAAAUGGCCGGAUCCGGUGCGGCCGGACAGACGGGCCAAACCGGUUCAGCGCAAUCGGGCACGCUUCCGACACCGAAGUUUCAAAUGGGUCAAAUGCAGAUACCCAUCCAGGGAUUUCAACAGGGCACAACGGUGCUCACGGUGGCGUACAGUCCCCAGGACGAAGAAGUCCUGCAUAACCAAGGCCUGCCGGAGGGUAUGACAAUAGUGGCCGCACUGCAACCCCAAGACUUGCAGCUACUCGCGUCACAAAACCCUGGCUCCACUACGAUACUGCAACAGCACCAGCAACAGCAGUCCAAUCUCUCCUCGAACAACGCAUCAUCGCCGGGCGGCGUGAAGAUCGACAGCGAAAAUCCGCCCCCUUUACGGCAGAUUAAGCAAGAAUCUCCAGCCAUCUGGAAUCAACCGUCGCUCGUACCGACAUCGAUGCAUUCGACCAGCAAUAUCAUAGAAAUGGUGCAGCAACAGCAGCAACAGCAGCAUCAACUACAUCACCUACAGCAGCAGCAGCAACAGCAGCAGUCACGCCCUCCCCAAAAUCUCAACCUGCAGCCAUACUUAAAGUUUAACAACAAUAACAACGGCACAAACCCAGCGAUGACGACCAUCAUGAACGGUAGCCAUGUGCUGCAGCAGUUGGUGCUACCGACCGGCGUGACGAUAGCACCCGGUAUCAUCAAGCAGGAAGUGCCGGAUGACCAUUCGAACGAAAACACCCAGUUCGGUCCGGCGGACAGUACGGGCCAGGGAGAGAAUGGAACCGAUGGCUCACCGGAUGGUCGCAGCGUGCCGGGCAUUAAUGGGCGAGAGCACGAAAACGAACCGGGAGAGAAUGGGGACGGUACCGGCAAUGGGACCACUCCCAGCGGGAAGGCUCGAAAGAAGCGCAAGUACAAAACAAAACCACCGAAGCCGAAGCGACAGAAACCGGGCCAGGUACACAUCGCCACCGCCAUCGACGGGACGGUACUGUUCUGCUGCCCCGAAUGUCACAUGGCCUACCCGGAGAAGGAAUGUCUCGAGCAGCAUCUGGUGGUGCACAAAAUCGAGCGGCGGUUCAUAUGUGAUAUCUGCGGUGCUGGGCUGAAGCGCAAGGAGCACCUGGAACGACACAAGCUCGGCCACAAUCCCGAGCGACCGUUCAUAUGCAACGUGUGUGAGAAAGGUUUCAAGCGAAAGGAACAUCUCAACUUGCACUACGUCAUACACAGCGGCGUUAAAACGGAGAUCUGUAACGAUUGUGGGAAAGGUUUCUACAGGAAGGAUCACCUCCGGAAGCAUAUAAAGUCGCACCUUACCAAGCGACUGAAGGAGGAGAAGGCAUCCAAUCGCAACAACAAUAAUAAUAACAACAAUAAUAAUAGAAACACAUCCAAUGGUGCUAACACCACGACAACGACGAUCGCCAACGGUGCGCCAAGUACGUCGAUAGCUUCGUUACCGACGGGUAUCCCUUCCGGGUUGACAAUAACCACUACCAGUGGGAGCAUGCAGAGUGGCACAGGAGAUAGUGUAGACGCGACGGCUGUCGGUCAAUCGGCCGCGUCACAGCAGAACUCAUCGACCCAAAAUCUAUUACAAAGUGCAAUAAGUCUACCGCAAGGUGUAACGAUACAUGUACCUACCGCGGAUAAUCAAACGCUUCCGGUCCAGAUCUCCUUACCUCAUCUGGUGGCACAGCAACAGACUGACACCGACGGUAGCACCAGAACAGUUCUCGUGUCCAAUUCGCCCGAGAGCCUGAACCAUCUUCACAGUACGAUCAGCACGACCACAACUACUACCAGCUCGUCCUCGUCCACACCUGCAUCGAGCGCAUUAUAAUGACAUCCGGGCACUAGCAGGACGUCACUCUGCACGACGCCUGUCUGCCUUUCGAUGUUUUAUAAAGCGCUGGCAUUCUUCGCGAAGUGGAAAUGUGCGAUGUGUUAAAGCAGCUGCGGUGGUCCGGCAGAAAUACUCACCUAAUACGUACGGGCCGGAAUCUUGGACCUUUGGACGCAGAGGCCAGAAAACCGAUCACCGGUGGCAUUUGUUUUGUUUGCUUCCUUCGGAUGGUAUGCGUCUGUUAUCGUUCGUUAAAAAGCUCACAUUUGCGAAGGUGUCCUUGCGCUGUUAGAAAAUUUGUUUUGCUCAUCCUCGUUGAUCGUAUAUGAAGACGUUGUGCUUCACCCUGCAGUUCGUAUGUUGCAUUACUCGUUAAACGAUAGUUUUGCUAUUUUAGGUUUAAACGUACAUAUUUUUUAAAAAGUAUUUAACAGAUUACCAACUUUUAGAACUGCGGAGACUCAUAAGUAUAUUUAUUUUAACGCAAAACACACAUCACACGGUGCGGCGAACGAUCGUUCGCCCGUCACACACUCCCAACUAUUCAUCAAACGGUUAGAUACCCCCAAAAGGAUUCAUUCGUUUCGCAGAUUUGUUGGGUUGGUUGCUUUCCCAUUUGUUUUUAUUGUAAUUAUGUGUUUUUUUUUUUAACUUAUUCACACGCAUCGUACCGCAUGACGAUGCGCUCUAUUCCCAGGCCCGGUUGUUAAGGGUGCGUGAUAACAAGUGUACAGGAUUGUUUGACGAAUGAUAUCGGACAGUAGGGGGCACUGGUAUGGGAAACUCUGGGAACAGUUGAAAUGAAAAAAUAGGUGCCUCUGGUUGAGAGCAACGCUAGGAAAUCGUUUAAUACUCUUUCCAGUUUUUACUUUUAUACGUUUAUUUGUUUUCUUCUUCUCCGAAGUAAACCCCGCACAAUAAGAAAAUUGUUUUGUACAAUGAGACAUUGUAUAUACGCGUGUAAGAAAAGAUGAGUAUAGAGAUGAUUUCAUAAAAAGAGAUGAAAAUAAAAAGAAGUAUUAUAUUUUGAUAACAUG